AUGAGUCUUCCAACAGGAAAGACGUGCCUUUUCGAAUUUUCUUUGAAUGAUGUAAAAAAGUUCAACGUUCCCGUGGAUUUUCCAAUAUUUUCUACGUCAGGCAUUCAUAGUUGGCAAUUAUCCUUUAAUCCCCGUUUUAAUGGAGAAGAAAACUUCAAUUUAAGCCUAAUGCCAAAACUGGGACUCAAAUCAGACAAGAAUCCAUCCAACCAUUGUAGCUAUAACAAUAUAACGGAUAUAGCGUUAUUUGUAAAGACUUUAGGUGGACAAGUCAUCAAGUACGGGACAACAAGAAGUAAAGAAAACAUUCUUGAGUGUGUGAUAAAGGGUAUGUGGAUGUGCUGUUCUCGAUCCUUGCUUUUAAAUGAUGUCAUUGUUGGGGUGAAGAUUUACACCGAUAGAGCGGAGGAUAACCUCGUGGAUAGUUUUUUUCAACUUCGAUCCGUUCCACUUAAUUUAAUUAAUGCUUGGACCAAGGAUUUGAACAAUUCGGAUCGAGCAGACGUGAAAUUUAAGGUACAUGGAUCCAACCUGUACGCGAGUAGUUCCGUCCUGACAAGUCGAUCGGAGUACUUCAAGACCAUGUUUAAUGGUAAAUGGAGAGAAUGUCGUUCGAAAAUUUCUGCAGAUCCUCAAAGAACUUCGUCAAAAAAUCAAAAGAACAAUAAUUCGAAUCAAUAUAAAUAUGAAGUCGAAAUUGUGGAUUUCAACCAAGAAACGAUACGUGCAAUGUUACAUUUUUUGUAUACGAACGAGAUACCACCUUACAAUGAUGUUUGUGAUGAUCGUAUUUGGUCCUUGUUCAUUAUUUCUGAAAAGUACCUUUUAGAUGACCUUCGAGCGAUAAUUAAGAAUUACAUAUUUGACAGGUUGGAUGAAGAAAACGCCGCCAAAAUAUUAUUCACUUAUGCUUGGAAAUGGCCUGAUUUGAAGGAUCCAAUCUUGAAGUUUGUUGUGGAUAAGUUUAACGCAAUUCGAAAGACCGUUGGAUAUAAAAAUAUCGUCGCCAGUCCAUUAGGUUAUCCAAGUUUUUUUAAUUUGAAUACGGAAAUUUUGUUAAAAUUAUAUCCUGAUUGA